AUGUCUGGACAUUUUUCCUGUCCACGUCUGAAGAAAACACAACGGCGGUCAGACUUCAUUGUCAAUAAGCCUGCUGCCGCGCCACCACUGUUCUUGAGAAUGGUUUCAAGGCCAGCACUGUGUUUCAAAAAGAGAUCUACCUUGGUCCCACCCAAUAUUCAAUUGACCUUUGUGCUGAGCGUGAGUAUGGGAUUCACAGUGGGGGAUAUCCAUUAA